CAUACAUGUAUGGUUGUAGCUCAUUCAAAGUCAGUGUUUAGUCAUUACUGUGUUUUCUGUUAUAGCCUCAAUUCGUUGCAAAAUUCGUUUAAGAAUUAAUAUACCUGCAUCUACAUUCUUAUUGUGUACAUUGUGAUUAUUAUUAAACUUUCUAUAAUCUAUUUAACACAUUUCUUGAAGAUAACAGUGGAGCUUUUAAAUGAGGCCUGUUGAAGAAUUGUCCGAUAUAGCAUCAAAUCUAGCCAUCAUUGUAAGGCUAAAAGAGUUUCUACUGACCCAGAUUGAUCGUAUUAGUUCAGUAGCCAGUGAAUGUACAUCGUGGAUAUAUGAACUAAAUCAUCAAACAUAUUCAGAAAUAAAACAUUUGGUUGAAACUGAACUGACAGAUUGCAUUGUGCAAUGUCUCACUAUUGCACGUGAUCAGAAUGAAAAGCGAACUAACUCUAGAUUAACACAAAAUGAAAUGAUGAAGCUACUUGAGACCCAGAAUUCAGAGGCUUCUGUUGAUACAAAUAAAGCAGAUGACACAGAGAACCGACAACCGACAGAGGAACUUGAAAACAUGAAUACCAGCCUUGCUCAUAUUUCCAAUUUGUUUAGACAGUGUGAGACGAAACACGGAGAUCUGGAAAGACAGAUCAAAAGACUGUUCAGAAGAAAUGGAGAACAGAGCAGCAAGUGCGAUGCCAACUAUAAAGAGAUCAUUUCUGAACUUCAGCUUGCCAGUGAGUUCGUGAGACAUCUGUCGGAGGAAGUCAAAAAUAGCCAAGAUACAAUAAAAGAACAGAAUGAUAAGAUCGAGUCCAUCAUACGAAAGAUACCAAAUAUGUUUCAACAGGGUCAUUUGCUCGCAGCUAGAAAUAGUGAAGUCUGCAGCUUUGAAUCUUUAUUGCAAGAAGUUAAAGACCAUGAACAAAGUCUGUUAGAAUUUUAUGAUCAGGUUUUAGAGAACACUCUGGCAAAUGAAAACAAAAACGCUGCAUUUUACAAACUUACAGACUACAUCAAAUCCACAAAAACCAUGUUUGAAAAAUGCCAAUUACAAUUAGUGGUAGAAAAUCAUGAACUGAUAGAAAAAUGUGAGGACGUAACGGUCUGUAAUCAACAUAAUGAAGAAAAUAGCAUUGAAAGAGAACAAAUAGAAAACCCUAAGCCUUGUCAAUCUACUUCAAUUGAAAGUUGGUCUAGUGGCGUACAGAACUUGGAUUGUAAUUUACAUAUGUUUAGCAUUCAACAUCAAACUAAUUCUGGGAACAAAGAGGCAGUCAGUCAAGAAAAAACUUAUUCAGACUCAUCAAAUAUUGACACAGUUGACAAUACAGAUGUUUUAGUAACAAACCAGUCUCUUGAAAUAUGUCAGACUAAAGAUAAUUGGCUUUUAAAAAAGGCAAACCUAACAGAUUUUAAUGACACAAGUGACAAUCACCCUCUGGAAAUGCCUCAAACUGAUAAUGAGUUGAAAGAUAAUUGGCUUUUAAAAAAGGCAAACCUAACAGAUUUUAAUGACACAAGUGACAAUCACCCCCUGGAAAUGCCUCAAACUGAUAAUGAGAUGAAACAGCGUCAACUAUCAAAAAUGCCAAAUGUAGCAGCUGUCGGUAUACAUAAAGGUUCUCAUUUGGGAUCAAGUAAUACGAACUUAUCAAAAAUUUCUAAUCAACUCAAGUUUCAUCAACAUACAGAUGGAAGCAGAUCUGAUCCAUACACAGAGACAUUAAUAGAACAAAUUCCGACUACGAGUUUAAGACUUAUUUUGUUUGGGAACAAUGGCAACGGUAAAAGUGCAACCGGAAACUCCAUUCUCGGACGAAGCUGUUUUAAAACAAGUAACAACAUUUCCAGUGUGUCCAGCUUCAGCUGUCAAUACACUGACUUGGACGACCUACGAAUUUUCGUCGUCGACGGUCCUGGGUGGAGUGCCAGUGAGGAUGCAGACAUGUCGGCUGUAGACAAGUAUUACAUUGGUAAAGCUUUGACAUUGUCGGGAAAUUCUUUCGACGGGUUGCUCUUCGUGUUGAAGUAUGGGUCGCAUUUUACAGAAGAACAGAGGCAGUAUGUUAGAUACAUUAAAGGUUGCCUUGGCGACGACGUGCUGAGAAGGUGUGGAAUCUGUGUUUUCACUCAUGGAGAUCUCUUCCAGAAAGAGCAGAGUUUUCAGGAACAUCCGGUGACGUUUGAACAAUGGUGUAGUUCGCAGACUGGAGAGUUCCAAGGACUUUUUCGAGAAUGUGAUAAACGAUGCGUGCUUUUCAAUAAUGUGACACGUGAUCAAGCCGUUUUACAAAGACAGUUGAGAGCAGUCUUAGAGAUCGUGCAGAAAACAAACAGCUAUACGCAUGAGGACUAUAUGAAACACAAAAGUCACAGGGAACAGAAGGAAGACUAUAUCAAACAAACGAGUCACAGGGAACAGUUUAUUUAAAAAAUAAAGCAUCGACACUAAAGAAAUUAAGACAUUAUGAAUGUGGAAAUAGAUAAUGAAGUUAAAAAUGAAGUGAAUGUAGCGAAGGUUGGACUACAAUUGUCAACCUUAGCAUUACUGCAAUCUUCUUAUCUCAUCUUAUAUAAUACGGACGUUACUUCAAAAAAGAAGAUGAUUACGUCCUAAGCCUCAUGCAUUCAGUCAUGUAUAUUAUCCAAUGACUUAAAUUCUGCCAAGUCACUGGUUUCCUGGCUAGCUCAGGCAUCCCAUUCCAUGCUCUAAUAGCACUAGGGAAGAAGGAGUAUUUGUACAAAUUUGUCCUAGCAUAUGGGACGAGAAAUGUGCCUUUAUCUUUGUGUCUUUCUGAGUAUUUUAUUAAAUUUUGUUUUUGUAUUUGAA